AUGUCGGAUCUACGUCAAGUUUGCGUGUUUUUCUUCAUUUUGUCUAUUCCCUUCUUGCUGGGCUACCUCGUCAACUGGGGAGUAUACCAUUGGAUCAACCUCCGGCGAAGGACCGCCACGCCAGGUAAACAGGUGCCCCCCGAUUUGCCGGUGAUCUUCCCGGUCUUAGGGCACACAGUUCAGUUUCUGUUCGAUGGCACAGCAUUCGUGAAGAACGCGACGACAUACUGGGGUCAACUCACAUGCGUGAGGAUCUCACUGCUGUUCAAUGGCAUCUAUCUUUUCCAAGAACCGGAGGCAGUUGCCGCUAUAUGGAGGCACCCAUUUCUGUCCAGUCCUAUCUUCAUCUACACCGUAGGUCUGCGGUACCUCUUCGGUAUGAAAGAGAAGGCCAUCGAGACUUACGCCGCCGACGAUUCGGGGCCAUACCGCAGACCUCACUGGAAGAGCAAUGUAGCGCCUCACAACCGUGUUGACUUCCUCACGCACGAAUCACUCAUGCAUGGACUGUCAGGACCUGGCUUGGCACCAACGUUCCAGCGAUUUCAAGCCGUCUUGGGCCGCGAGGUCGAGCGUCUUCCCAUCCAGAACCAGUGGGUCGAAAUGCCAGACCUGCUGCAAUUCUUUCGGAACCACGUUGGCCGAGCGGUGUUGACGUCUCUCUUUGGGUCUGCGCUGCCGGACACCAACCCUACGUUCAUGGACAACCUGUGGAAAUUCGACGCAGCUACUCCCUGGCUGGCCAAGCGCGUCUCUCGACUUAUCUACCCAGAAGGAUACCGUGUUCGGGACCAAUUGCUCGGACAGAUCCAGUCCUGGUACCGGUAUGCUCGAGAACAUUUCGACCAGUCCCUUCUCUUCGCCGACGGGGACGGUGACCCCUUCUGGGGCAGCGGCAUGAUGCGCGAGCGACAAAAGUUCAUCCUGAAGAUCGACAACCAGGACGAUGCCUCGUUGGCAUCCACGGAUCUUGGACUCAUUCUCAGCGAUACGGUCUGCCGCACCUCCACAUCUGACUUUUCUGUUUCCAUGGAGAAGCUCCUGCGCAAGGACCUCUUACAGUCUGUUUACGCCGAGACUCUCCGCCUCUACGUCCAGUCGUACGUGACGCGAUGUUCGCCCCACGAGCCCGUCGAGGUGGCUAACUGGUACCUGCCGCAAAACGAAGUAAGCAUGGUCAGUUCCUACGUCGCACACAUGAACGACGCCAUCUGGAAUACCCAUAAUGGAGCGCACCCGGCCACUCGAUUCUGGGCGGACCGGUUCCUCAUAGACGCCAACGACGCUAGUUCGGGACCAUUGCGCCCAGACCCCGAGAAUACAAAGCGUGAUUCGAAAGGCAAAUCUCCCUGUGAGCCAAGGUUCUCUCUACAGGGUCUUGAGGGGUCUUGGAUUCCAUAUGGUGGUGGCUUCGGGGCUUGUCCUGGUCGUCUGCUCGCCAAGCGGAUCAUCCUGUUUACCUGUGCGCUAUUUGUAACCCAGUUUGAAAUCGACGUUAAGACCAGGGACUUCACCAUGGAUUCUUCGGGAUUCGGGCUGGGUACACAGAAACCAAAAGAGAAAAUUGUCUUUGCGAUCAGGCGAAGGGAGAGCAAGACCUAG